AUCGUAAGAGACCAGGAUGACAGGACAAUUUUAACGAAAUCUUGCAGUAAAAAGGUAGGGAAGCUUCAUUUUGAUGCCAAAAGACACGUUAUAAGCAAAAGGAUUUUUUUUUCUCAACAAACUUUGGUCUAAACAAAUCCUAGUUUCCGCACGAGGUUGGCAAUCGUGCUUGAUUCUUCUUUAAGAUAUGUCCUCACCUUUCAUACAACCAGGAAAUCUUUUACUCAACUCCUUGUUCAUAUCCUUUACGCUCAUCCAUUUACCCAGCCGGCCUUCAACUCCAUCCUUUGCUGUUGGGAUGGAUUCUCCUUUGUCCUCUGUACAGAUGUACGUUUUAGAUUCCACUCGUGCCACAUCGCGUGGAUCAGUGCGGGCUAAGAAACUGUGAAACACAAAAACUACAGUCAGUGGACUAUAAACUGAAAUUUACUACUGUCAAGUUCCCUCUUCUUGAUUCCCUAGUAUGAAUCAUUGCUUGCAAAAAAUCCAAGUUUUAGGUAUAUUCGAUUGUCAAAUCAACAGCAAAUUUGGCUUAAACUACUUGAACAUACCAGUUGUCAUAUUUAUGAAGUUUAGUCAACACACCACUUUCGAUCAACUCGUUUAUUAAUGAUUCGUUCUCUUCCUUGGACCCAUCGCAAAUGUAAAUGUUGUCCGGUUGGCAGAGUUCAGCUUUGUCAGCCACGUAUUCCUGUACUUUAGUGGGUAGAGAGUCAAACUGUCCUCGAAUCACCGAACAACCGGCUGGAAGCUGUGAAACCAUCCUUCGAAGGGCGAUGCGAUAACGUAAUGUAAAACGAACUGACGGCAGAACAGCUAUCGACGAAAUUCUGCCAAAAACAAAUAAGUAGAAUGGUGACGAAAAUAAGUUUCAGAGAUAAAUUUCAGGAACAGCAAAAGAACGACGUGACAUUGCCAGUUACUGAAGCUCAACAAAAUAUUUUCAAAACAUGAGUUUAACAAGAGGUGUUGCCUACCGUGAGAUAGCUGAUGUAAAUGACAUCUUCGACUUUGAUCAGAAAUAAAUACAUACAGGUUACGCUACAAUUAUUCUAACGUGCUUGCCGGUAAUUUUCCAAGGGAACGCUUGUCCACUGAAAAGCUUUCUGUAGAAACUAGUCCAAAGGUCAUUGGGAGGACUGGAGGUGGCUCGAUUAGAACAUGCAUUUUGAUUGGUUUACAUCUGUGCUCAACAGCGAUCGUGUAACACGUACUUGUACGUCACGCUAGUUGUCAGAGGGUCAUGUAAAUCGAACGUCUUUACGUGAAGACCGGACAAUGAGUUAAAAGAGAAAGAAAUCGAGCAAUGAAUUUAAUCCGUGAUUAAACAAAUGAAUACUUCGCUUUCUGCACCGGACAUGAUAGCAAAUGAAACUUGUAAACGUUCGAUGAGUCUGUUUGGAAUCAUUUGUCGCGACCGACAAGAAAUCCCAGCGGAUUAUAUUUUAAGAUAAUAGGCCCCUAACGAAAGUAAAUUUACUUGUGUAUCCAAAUCUUGAAAGUGACAUUACUCAACCCCUCGCCCUUGUCCCGCCCACAUUUCCUGCACGUCAUCUGAUGUCAUUUGUCGUACAAGUCACGGGACUGUGAAACACGUCAUGUCAACACGGAAUCUUUUGCUCACCACAUCAAUUUCGAUAAAGGAAAAAACAUCCUGCAUCUUUUUUCCUGGGUAAACCUUGUGUUUCGCCUUAAUGGUACCUUAUUGCGUGUGGUCUUACGACACGUUUCACAUUGCACGUUCCUUUAAAUUUUUUUUGUCUACCAGUCUUGAUAACUCACCCUUUAGGGGGUUCACUAGGGGGUUGAUCAUCCAUCAUCGUCUUGCUUAAUAUCAUUAAUGAUUACAAGACACUCCGCGGUAUCGUUUCUUUUCCUUUUUUUUAUACUCUCUCGGUGGAAGUUGGUUGAUGUUUAUGGUUCACACAGUCAUUACUAUAAUAUUUUUUGUUCCUCGGAGCGAGUUACUCUGGGAAUCGUGUUGGAAAGGACAAACAUCUUUCAGUAAAUAAUCUAUCUACUUUUUUACUUUUUCAUUUAGAGCUGGAGACCAAUAUCAGUUCUAUAGCUAAUCCAAGCAAAGCUCUUAAACGAUGGUUACAUUUGAGCUUUGUAUUAGUCUUUAUUUAUACCGCGUCACGCGCUGUGACGCAUGUCAAGUUACGCGAGGAACCGUUGAGAAUUUGAAUGCGUUAUAAGAAAUAAUAAUAUAGUCGGUUUACAACGCUAAAUAUUCUGAAAUAUGAACAUUUUACGGGUAAGAUUAAUAAAACUUACACACUCCUUGUGUAUCCGGUGUGGUUUCUGGUGUUCUCUGCCGUUUUGGGCCUGCUUUGCCAUCAUUGUUAUUCCUGUUAUAUGACGGAGUCAAGGUUGCACACUACGAUUUCAACUGUUGUCCAUUCCGUCUUGUAGAAUACACAACGCGUGACGCUUUCUUGAAUUAAUCUUUUGCUUUUUCUCGAGACGUGUGAGACGCCUGUAGCAAAACAAAGAAACAAAAAACAUUUAAAAGAUAACCAACCUUAGAGACCGCGCCUUAAAAACAAUUAAGAAAUUAGGAUCCAAUAAUAAAUCGACAAACAAUUGAUGAAUAAAUAAAUUCAUAGAGUCCUUACUUUAUGGGACGUCAUAAAACUUAAAUACAUGCACUGGCUCAAUCGUUUCCAAGGAACGGUUCCCUGAGAUUCAAACCUGGAGAGGAGUAAGACAAGUGCCCUGGUGACGAGUUUUAUUCAGUUGGCUCCCUGUGAAGUCAGUGACCACGUAAAAUUCCUUGAUCUAUUUAUGCAUCAUCCUUUGCCAUUAUUUCGCCAAGCAUACGGCUUCACAACCAAGACUAGAAACAUUUUUGCUUCCUCUCACUUUGUUCCGGAAAUGAUGAAAGGAAACAACUUUCCUAACUUUGAGGUUUCGUGGAUCACGGAAGUAUGAGACAACGGGACGACCAGGGCAGCGACGAAUGGCGAACCUUUUCCGCCAUUUCAAAAUAUUUUCGUUAUCAUCGAUCCCCUCCUGUUUUGGAAAAACAUUAAACAGCAGAACAUGGGCUUAUGUUCUUUUACACUCCGUAAAUUCGCGGUAAAAGUACUAGGGUCGCAAGUUUAUUGAAUGAUCACCCUAAGAAACCAUUACUUAUGGCAGCAAUAAGGAACCAUGGUUGUAUUUUCCUUUCACGUUAGCUGUCAUAUGCAAAUAGCCAGAGUCAUUAAGUAAUCAUCUGACGCCAGCAGAUACUGAAGUUUUGAAGGAAAAACAUAUGGGAUUUAAGAUACCGUAAAAUUCCGGUUAUAAGCCCUGGGCUUAUACAACUUCGUAAGAUGAAACUCUUCAUUAUCUUCAAGGACUUCAUCAGCUGAUGGCAUCUCCUUCGAUGUUAAUUUCAUUAUUUUCCGAUCCACUAAGAUCCAAAGAAAUUCCGCAUUUCUUCCCCGCUGUCGUUGAUCACUUGGAAAGACCAACUCUUCAUGUCCGACUGAACCACAGUAUCAUCAUGUUUCCAACCAAUGAACCUCUUCGUUGGCAUCAAAUAUAGCCCGUUGCUUGGGUUUAACAUUGCUUGUAUCUUGGCGGCAUCGCCGAGUUCUGUUCAGUAAAGGCGACAUAAAUGAGGGUUGUACGAUUGCUCUGAUCGUUUGCGAUUACCUCAACUCUACCAUGUUGAAAGACUCCAACUAAGUAAGGAGUAAGUUGUUCCAAGGUCGAUUCCGACCACAGGAGCUGUCUUCACAGGCAUCUUUAGUAGACUCUGAUGGUUUCUUCUCGUCUUCUUCUUGUCUUGCUGAACAGACUUCUUUCUCGUCAAAAUACGGCACAACUCAUAAAAAUACUUAGCGAUACUACACACCAAAACGUCUAAUAAGUUAUUUAUUAUUCAACUGAUUUAUUUUAUGCACAAAAUAAACAACUGUCCGAAUAACCGUAGAAUAUCGCAGGAUAUAUCUUAUUGGACGUUUUGGUGUAUACCCCCGCUGGCUAUUUUUACGUGUUGUACCGUGUUUUGACUCGAGUAAAAAUACUCCGCGAUACUACGCACCAAAACGUUUAUUAAGUUAUUUAUUAUCCAACUGGUUUAUUCCUUAUGCACUUCCUAUGAGGCGGGAAAAGCGAAGCAAACAGAGAAGCAGUUGGUGACAGGUCUUGAGGAGCUGAAGGCUGUGAACCAAGAACAAUGGCACAGGGAAAGAUGUUUUUCGUCUUGUCACGAGCGUGGGACAAAAGGAAUCGAACCUCAGACCUUCGGAUUCCGCGCUCCGAUGCUCUACCACUUAGCCAUAGAGACUCCACGGUGAGCGAGGUCCUGAUUACGAAUUUCAUAUGACACGCGUCCUGCAUAAUGCUGCAGAGGCG